GGAGGGGAUAAAUUAGGAGUUUGGGAUUGACAUACACACUACUAUAUAUAAAACAGAUAACCAGGCCCGACCUUCUGCACCGGUCGCGCGCCCCACGCCCGGCGGGGGCCUCGGCGCCCCUUGGUCCCCGCGACCCCACGCGCUCGCUCGGGGGGUGGGGAAACUCCAGGGUCCCCUGCCCCACACCACUGCCCCUUCUUUCUCGGGCAGACCCCCCCAACCCCAGCCUGUCCCCCACCCCGCCGUCGCCUGGCCCCCCCAGAUCGUCAAGCUCCGGAGUCGUGGCGGGGGGGGCCUCCCGGAUCGGCAGGAUGUACCCCCAGGGAAGGCACCCGACCCCGCUUCAGUCCGGCCAGCCCUUCAAGUUCUCGAUCUUGGAGAUCUGCGACUGCAUCAAAGAAGAAUUCCAGUUUCUUCAGGCUCAGUACCACAGCCUCAAGCUGGAGUGUGAGAAGUUGGCCAGUGAGAAGACAGAAAUGCAGCGACAUUAUGUCAUGUACUAUGAAAUGUCCUACGGGCUCAACAUCGAAAUGCAUAAGCAGGCCGAGAUUGUGAAGCGCCUCAGUGGGAUCUGUGCUCAGAUUAUCCUCUUCCUGACUCAGGAGCACCAACAGCAGGUCCUGCAGGCCGUGGAGCAGGCCAAGCAGGUGACAGUCGGGGAGCUGAACAGUCUCAUUGGGCAGCAGCUCCAGCCACUGGCCCACCAUGCCCCCCCUGUGCCCCUCACCCCUCGCCCAGCGGGGCUGGUGGGCGGCAGUGCCACGGGGCUGCUGGCCCUGUCGGGAGCCCUGGCCGCCCAGGCUCAGCUGGCUGCGGUCACCAAGGAGGACCGGGCAGGUGUGGAGGCAGAGGGGUCCAGAGGAGACAUGGAUUCGAUCUCUGGACUUCACUAA